AUGACACUUCCAAUUCUCACCAAGCGUGAGGCGAUAGACGCGGUCAAGAAGCUAGAUGCCCAGAAGACGGAUCUCGAGCGACAAUUGUCUGCUCUGGAAGGAACUCUUUCAAGUCAAAAUGUUGGAAUGAGUGAGCCACUAGUCGACAAGGAUGGAUACCCUCGAGCUGAUAUCGAUGUCUAUAAUGUCAGGCAGACAAGGGCGAUUAUCAUUCGACUCAGGAAUGAUUAUAAAGAGCUCUUGGGAAGGGUCGACAAAGCCCUCAUCGCCAUGCAUGCAGCACCAGACGAGAACGGCGUCGAUGUUGAAAUGAAGGGCGAUGAAGUGAUUGCGUUCGCAACAGUGAAUGCCGUAGCUCCUGAUUCUCCUUCAUAUGCUGCAAAACUACAACGUGGAGACCGAAUCAUCAAGUUUGGAACACUCACUAUUGAUGCGUUACGCAAUGGAUUGCAACCAUUGUCACAGUACACCGAGGCAAACGAAAACAAGAGUAUCCAGCUGCUUGUUGAUCGAGAUGGUACUCAGAUCGAGUUGAAUCUGACUCCAACCAAGUGGUCUGGUCGAGGAUUGCUAGGGGACAAAAUCAUGAGGCAAUCAGUCUUGUAUCAUUCUCCAGCCUCCUUUUAUUCUCGUUUCGCAAGACUAGUCCUUGCUGAAUGUGAUGUGGACUACAAGUCUGAAAUCGUUGAUAUCGAUGUAGCAACUCAAACUCAUUCCUCCGUAGCUGCUCAGCAUCUGACACCAGAGUACCUUCACGUAAACUCCCGUCUGACAGUCCCGGCUAUGGAACUCGCAUACCCUGACGAAGAAAUGGACGAUGAAGAAGCUGGUGGUCCCGUUUUGGAUGACAGCAGAUCAAUCAUGUCUUACUGUAAAGAUAUACAGCCGUCGCUGUUUCCUACUGGAUGGGAUACAUGGAUUCAUUUGUUUUAUCAGUUGCCGGCAGUCCCGUGGUCGAUCGUCGCAUCAAACAAUACGCAACAGCUCAAAUUCCAUGUCAUGAGGGAGCACUUGUUGCAGGAGAUUGUACAGUUGCGGAAGGAUUUGGGUGUCGCGGAGGAUGAGUUGACGUGGGAGUCGUUAGUUCAAAAGCACAUGUUCCUGUCCCGUAUAAGCAAGUCUCGACCAGAAUCGAUUGUGAACAGAUACCAAGAAUCCAUGGAUUUGGCAUUAGAGAAACUCGAAGGCCACUUACUAGGAAUUGAAACAGAUUACGUGUUGGGAGAUGACUUCUCUAUCGUUGAAUGCUGUAUGGGAACAGUGCUGUAUCAAAUGGAAGAAGCUGGACAUUCAGAUCGUUUUGGGCAAGCUACCAAACAAUACUAUGAGCUAAUAAAGACACAACCAAGUUGGAAGACUGCUAUUGAAGACUAUAAAACUGAUUUCUCUCUUGAGAGAUUGAAACCUGCAGUUCAAGUUCUCGCUGAACUUCGAGAGCAGCUCACGAUUAAUCUGAGAUUAAAGUUGUAA